UCCGCUAAACUGCCCGAGUGGCGCCCUGAGCGCGUAGCCCUCUGGGAAUCGUAGUGUAGCUGGAAGGCUCAUAGGACUCUCGAGGUAGCAGGCUUUGAGCCUGCGAACUACAACUCCCGGCGAUCACCAUGAGGGCCAGGGGGUAGGAAGAGCCCCCUGGAGCUCGGUCCGGGGUUCCUGGCUCCCUAGUGACAGCAGCGACAGGAAGCGGGCAGGCAUCCCCCAACCCCCAGCGCUAGGCCUGUCCUCGGAGGGGUGCACUGAUCACUUUCCCGCAUAACUCCCAUCUCUGACCCCAUGGCGAAAUCCCCAGGGAACUCUACCCUGGAGGACAGUCUGGGGCAGUACCAACGGAGUCUCCGGGAACGUGCCAACAGAAGCAUUCACCAAUUGAAAUGUGCCCUGAGAGAUGUUGAUGUCACUGUGGAUCCUUCCACUAGCAUCAACGUAAAAAAUGAGGACACAGGAGUGGCCUGGCAUGAACUGCAGCACAGCCAUGCUGUAAGUCAACUCAAAGCUUUGUUGCGCCAACAAGCAAGUAAGGACAAUGAGAUGUCUCCACCAGGAAGACGAAAGAUGUCCCCUUCGCGGCCUUCAGAAUGUGAAGACAAUAGUAUGCCUACUGUGUACAACCUCGUUCCCAUCAUUAAUGACCAGUCUCAGUACAUUCAUCAUUUAGAAGCUGAAGUUAAGUUCUGCAAGGAUGAAUUAUCUGGAAUGAAAAAUAGGGUACAGGUAGUUGUACUUGAAAAUGAAAGGCUCCAGCAAGAACUGAAAUCUCAAAGACAGGAGGAGACACUGAGGGAACAGACACUUCUGGAUGCAUCUGGACACAUUCAGGAUUCUUGGAUUAAGACAGGAGAAGAUUCUAGGGUGGAUGAAGCUGCAAAGACACCAUUUUCUCAUGGUGAUGCUGCUGAAACCGGCAAAACUGCAUCCUCUGGUGAUGCUAAAAAGUGGAAGCUAGAGCUGGAGAGGCUGAAACUCACAUAUGAGUCGAAGAAUGAACUUCUGGAGUCUCAACUGAUGCUUCUGAGGAAGGACUUAGUUGAAUAUCAGAAAAACUGUGAGGAUCUUAAGGAAAGACUGAAGCAUAAAGAGUCUCUUCUGGCUGCAGGAGCGUCCAGCCGCGUGGGUGGCCUCUGUUUGAAAUGUGCCCAGCACGAGGCUGUUCUUUCCCAGACCCAUAGCAACGUGCACAUCCAGGCCAUCGAGACACUGACUAAAGAACGGGAUGACUUAAUGUCUGCACUAGUGUCUGUGCGGAGCAGCCUGGCAGAAGUGCAGCAGAGAGAGACAAGUGCCUAUAAACAGGUGAAGCAGGCUGUGCAGAUGACCGAGGAAGCCAACUUUGAAAAGACCAAGGCUUUGAUCCAGUGUGAGCAGCUGAAGAGUGAGCUGGAGAGGCAGACAGAGAGACUGGAAAAGGAACUUGCUGCUCAGCAAGAGAAACGGGCUUUGGAGAAGGAGAUGAUAAAGAAAGAAGUAACCAAGGAGAGGGAGGAUGCAGAGUCAAAGAUAUUGAUUCUAUCUCAGAAUAUUGCCAAGCUGGAGGCCCAGGUAGAAACUGUUACAAGGGAAAAGAUUUCGGCCAUCAGUCAACUAGAGGGAAUUCAGAACCAGCUUGCUUCUCAGGAAGAGGAUGUCACAAAGGUGUGUGGAGAAAUGCGCUUUCAGUUGAAUAAAACGAAAAUGGAGAAGGAGGAGGCGGAAAAGGAGCACAGAGAAUACAAAGCAAAAUCUCAAAAGGAUCUUGAAAUUAAAGAUCAGGAAAUAGAGAAACUGAGAGGAGAGCUGAGCGACAGCAAGCAGCACGUGGAGCAGGAGCAGCAGAAGGCGGCUCGGGCCAGACAGGAGUGCCUGCAAGUAACAGAGCUGCUGGGCGAGUCUGAGCGCCAACUGCACCUCACCAGACUGGAAAAAGAUAGCAUUCAGCAAAGCCUCAGUAACGAAGCAAAGGCCCAAGCCCUUCAGGCCCAGCAGAGAGAGCAGGAGCUGACACAGAAGAUACGGCAAAUGGAGGCCCAGCACGACAAAACUGAAAAUGAACAGUAUUCAUUGCUGACCUCCCAGAAUACAUUUCUGACAAAGCUAAAGGAAGAGUGCUGCACAUUAGCCAAGAAGCUGGAGAAAAUGUCACAAAAAAGCAGGUCAGAAAUAGUUCGACUGAGUGAAGAGAAAAGAUAUAUGUGUGACAAGCUGGAGAAGAUGCAGAAGAGAAAUGAUGAACUGGAGGAGCAGUGCAUCCAGCAUGGGAGAGUGCAUGAGACGAUGAGAGAAAGAUGGAAAACUAAGGCCUGGAGAGGGAAACAUGCCAACUGGAGGUCGGAGAGCAAAUGAAUAAUUGGUCUCUUCAGGAAAUAUUUAUUGAUUACUACUAUGUGUCAUGUACUAUGAGGUAUCCAUCACAUGCUGAGAACGAAGCGGCAAAGUAGAUAUGGCGCUCCCUCUGGUGGAACUUGCAUGUUUUUAGGGAAACUGAACUUGGAGCUAGGUCUAGGCUGGAGGUAGAAAUUUCCCUUGGCUAGUGGAGAAUAUUUGAAACCUUUAGGGAUAAAUGUGUCAUCAGCAUGAAGUAGUAAGAAGGAAGGAAGGGCCACUGACCCUCAAGAGCAGCCACACUUUCAAAGAUUAGGUGAAAAUCCCACAGAAGAUGUUGCCACGAAGCAACCUGAGCAACACAUGAAAAGGACUGUUAUUCAAUCCGUUGAUAAAACUGCCUUGGGAAAGAGGAAUUACUCAAGCAGAUGCUAGCCACACAGUAAGACAGAACACAUCUGUUGGCCUUGGUAAUGUGCGCAUCACCCGAUAAGCCAGCAGGAGCAAUUUUGGAUGGAGAAUAGGUGUAGACAGUAGAUUAAAGUGGGUUGAAAGUUAGAGUGAUUUGAAAUUCUUAACUAGCCAUUUACCAGUUUGUCAUGAGGUGAGACAUAAGAAAAUGCAGAAAGCAAGACCAGCCAGCUUAUAGUGGGUGUGUACAUUUUAGAGCGAAGAAGUUUUUGUCUUAAGCUGGAGUAGAUAUAAAUGCAUUGAGUAUUAUUAUUGUAAAAAUCAACAAAGUUUCAGUGAACAAGAAAGAAAAUUAGAUUUUUCUCUUGGGUGAACAUAAUCUUGGAACUCCAUGUUAAAAUAAUGACUGUUUUCUUCAGUUUUAAAAUGAGCACCUAGUCACAUGUCCUCCUAGAAAAAUAAGCAGUAUGCAAGCCCCUCAGUUUGCAGAAGGUUCAGGCAGUCAGAAGAGUUCUGCUCAAUGCUCUGCUCUCUCUCAUGGACCACACACAGUCUCCAGCCCCGCAGUCCUGGCUGUGCUGGCGGUGGGACUAUCCUGUGCCACUGUCCUCCUGGAUAAGUGAGCAGUUCAUCUGAGCAGUGUGCAUAAGGCCACUGAAGCUUCUGACUGAAAUAUGCAAGCUAAUGAUGAAUUUAAACUUGGUAAUUCUGUAAGCCAAGGGAUCAUCUUUGAAAUCCCCACAUUGUGUUUUGAUAAUGGAAAGUUUAUUCAAAAGCCACUGUUCAAAAUAGAAAAUAUAAUGUUGGACUUUAUAUAAUGCAACAAUUUGAUUUUGUAGAAUUAAAACUAUUCAAUUUUCCAAGAAAUACUUAGAAUCUAAACCUGAAAUUAUAAUCUGUAUUCCAUCAUUGUUUAGAAAAGAAGAGGGAUGAUAUAAAUGUAUCAGAUUAUACAUUCAGAAAACAAGAAUUCCAAAAAAAAGCGGCUAUUUUAAUUUGUUUGAUUCUAUACUAUGAAUGUAGUUUCAAUUUGACAUGUUAGGGUAUAUUUUGGUCCUAAAAUGUAAUUAUGUUAUUGACUAAUCAUGCCUUUUUAUGUAAUUAAUACAUUAGGUAUUUUCUACAUAAGAAAUAGUGACAAUAUUUAUGAAAUAGGAAAUUUUAACAUAAAUAUUCACAUUUAUGACUAUUUUAAAUGAAAUGUUUUUACUUGAAAGUUCCCUGCUUGUGAUAUCAUGACAUAAUAAAGGAAUGCUUUAGCAA